AUGUUAUCAGGCCAGCAGACCUGGUUCGUGCUGCCAUUACAAUCUCAAAAUCAGCAAACACAAAAUUCUUCGAUUUUCACCAUUCCAACAGAAUCGCUAUUGCAACAAUCGCAAAUAGAAAAUCAUCCAAGAAAUUUUCAAAAAAAUUUAUUAGCUACGAUUCAUGGAACUCAACAACAACAACAACAACAACAACAACAAGUUUCAACAGGGGCAACACCGGAAUUAGUUUCAUAUAUGAAUAAUGACCAAAUGCUACGACACCGAGAUUUGCCUAUUGAACCUAUAGUGCAUCAUUAUCAUCAAAAGGCGGUUAAUGAAACCUACACGACGGAUACCGCUAAGCGUGUGCCUUUUCCGAAUAAUAACCCUUCUCAAUUUUCAAUGAAUGAAAAUGGAACUUCACUGAAUACAGAAAUUCCUUCCACAAUAAAUGUUCAUCACCAUCCAUUCGCUUCUGAAUCCCAGUCAAAUAAACAACUCGUAAAAUUUGGUACAAGAUCAAAUGCAAGACAACAACAGUUACCGGAAUUAGCCAGUCUCAGGUUGGCACUUCUUCAUAUAAAAGUUCCAGCUUCAACCAUAUCCAAUAGACAAUCACUGAAUACUUCAAGGUCCAGACACUCAUCAUCUCGACAAUUUAUAUCACCAUAUAUCUUGAAACGAUUAUCUGGAGUUCAGCCUAGAGCACAACGACGGCCUGAAGUAUCACAGUUACCGAUCCUAGCAAUUGUUACGUCUGAACCGAACGAUCCAACGCAACAAUUUGCGCCGCGAAGAUUAUCACAGACUAGUACUCUCGACAGAGCACUUCUUGAACCAGUUUUAGCAUCUCAAACGACGACGCUACAACCAGCUCACACAUCUCUAAAACAAAAUCGAUCUCCUAUAGCUGCAGAAGAUAUUAGAGCAGCCUUACUUAGCGCCAAUAACGCAUUUCUGGAGUGUUGCAAAGAGAAAAAUAUCGAUGCUAAAUGUGAAUCGCGAUGUAAUUUCGACAUUAUCGAUCGCAGAUUGCUGACGGCAAUGUUUGUUGGCUCAGAUCCGUGCCCUCGAAGUAACGGUAGGAGCUUAUUAUCAUGCGCUGCUCAGGAUUCCGACCAUACCAACUGCUGCCGUGAAAGAGGUGUACAACAGACAGCUGCUGGUGACAAAUGUUUAAGAUUCUGUCAAAUGACCCCCGGAUCCAACUUUCAGGCAGAUGUAAGUAUGCUGCCAUGUUGGGGUGUACUCAAGAAAAUCAAACAUUGCUUUCGUCUUAGUCUUAUUGAAAAGCAUAACAUCCAAAAUGCUACAUAA